UUUUCUAGCAUUAAAACCCUAAUUCUUCUCCAUUUUUCCCUUCGAUUUUCCUUUUCCUUUUCUCCGAGAAAAUCACAAUUCCUGAUUUUCUCGGAGAUUGAUUUGAUUCGAUUCAUUCUCUUUCUCCUUUUUCGUUCGUUCAUCAAUCAACCGAUCAAGAUGAGUAUGGGAAAGUUCGUCGAGAUGCUCGACCAAGGCGUCCGAAUAGUCGCCAGAUUUCAUUCCAACUGUCCCCAGACCGGCCGCAAGUACUACCACCCUCCCUCCGUUUCCGCCGACGCGGGCUCCGACUCCGACUCCGACCACCACCACGCCAGCUUCCACCACAACCACCACCAUGCCGGCUUCCACCUUGCCUCGUCGGUGCAGAUGCUCUAUUGUGGACACAAGGCGGCUGCGGCGGUGGGUUCCGAGACCGUUGACGUUAUUCUGUAUUCUGUUUGAUUGAGAACAAAAAAUUGAUUGAAUGAUUGAAAAGCGAGAAAAGACAAAUAGUUUUAAAUCUUGUUAUGGUCAGAGAUUUUCAUUUCACAAUCUGAAUCUUCGAUCCCUUGAUUCAUGUUGCAAAUAGACGUAUAAACACAAUACACAAUUUUUGAUUCCUGAAGAAAAUGUUGGGGACCAAUUCAAUGGAAAACUCACUUUUGAUUGGGCA